AUGGCUUCAGGCAGCAGCAGCAGCGACAGCUGCAGCAGCAGCAGCAGCAGCAGCAGCAGCAGCAACGGAGUGGUUCCCCACGAGCCCCCCGCCCGCUCCUCAGCAGAUGCCGCCGCAGCAGCAGCAGCAGCAGCAGCCGCUGCUGCCGCCCCCGCCCCUCCCCCCAGCAGCAGCAGCAGCAGCAGCAGCAGCAGCAGCAGCGCGUACUUUGAGGCCUACGGGGACCCGCGGGUGCACGCGUUGAUGCUGCGGGACUGGCCGCGGGUGUGCAGCUUUGCUGCUGCUGCUGCUGCGCUGCAGCAGCUGCUGCGGGGCAAAGUGGUGAUGGACUUGGGGGCUGGCAGCGGGGUGCUGUCGCUGUUUGCUGCUGCUGCUGGUGCUGCUGCUGUUGUGGCAGUGGAGGGCAGCCCUGCUGCUGCUGCGCUGCUGCAGCAGCAAGUGCAGCACAACGAGCAGCAAGGCAAAGUGCCCCGCGGGGUGAUUCAAGUUUGCUGCUGCAGCGUGGAGGAGCUGUGCAGCUGCCCGCCGCAGCAGCAGCAGCAGCAGCAGCAGCAGCCGCAGCAGCAGCAGCAGCAGCAGCAGCAGCAGCUGCUGCUGCUGCAGCAGCUGCAGCAAAACGUAGAUGUGAUCAUUUCCGAAUUCAUGGGAUUUUAUUUGCUGCACGAAGGCAUGCUGCAGUCUUUGCUGCUGGCAAGAGAUAAGUUUUUAAAGAAAGACACGGGGCUGCUGCUGCCUGCUGCUGCUCGGCUGCUGCUGUCGCUUUGCUGCUGCAGCAAGACUUACCGGCAGCAGCAGGGCUUCCUCAGCAGCUACUGCGGCUUCUCCUUCGGCCCGCUGCAGCAGCAGCUGCAGCAGCAGCACGCAGCCACGCCCCUCGUGCUGCAGCUGCCCCCCGACAGCUGCUGCUGCUGCCCUGCUGCUGCAGCAGCAGAACUCGACCUCUACACUCUCACGCUGCAGCAGCUGCAGCAGAUCCGCAGCCAGCUGCUGCUGCGCGUACACCGCAGCAGCACUGUCUACGGAUUCGCCCUUUGGUUUGAUGUCACCUUUCCAGGGAUUCCUCCUGCUGCUGCUGCUGCUGCUGCUGCUGCUGCUGCUGCUGCUGCUGCUGCUGCUGGGGGCAGAGACGAUGCCGAUGACGCGGCUGCCACCGCUGCUGCUGCCAAUGGACGCGGUGCUGCUGCUGCAGGCGGUGCUGCUGCUGCUGCAGGCGGUGCUGCUGCUGCUGCUGCUGCAGCAGAUGCUGCUGCUGCAGACGCAGCCCUGUUUCGGGGUCCGCCGCCCCCGCCGCCGACUCCAGCUGCAGCAGCAAGGUUUGCUGCUGCAGUAGCAGCAGCAGAAGCAGCAGGAGAAGCUGCUGCUGCUCCUGCUGCCGGGGGCGUGUCCAUAGAAGAAGUGCUGGCAGCAAUUGCAGCAGGAGCAGCAGAGGACGACUGCCCAGCAGCAGCAGCAGCAGCAGCAGCAGCAGUGCCCGGCAGCAAACAAGCAGUCACCCUAGACACCAGCCCCUUUGCUGCACCCACGCACUGGCAGCAGCUGCUGCUGCUGCUGCAGCAGCCACUGGAAGCCCCAGAAGGCCUCACUCUUUCAGUUGAGUUGCUGCUGCAGCAAGACAGCAGCAACCCCCGCCGCUACGAGGUCUCUGUGGAGGUCCUCGACGCGCAGCUGCCGGGCGAGGAGCAGCAGCAGCAGCAGCAAGAGCAGCAGCAGCAGCACGAGCAGCAGCAGCAGCACGAGCAGCAGCAGCAGCAGCACGAGCAGCAGCAGCAGCACGAGCAGCAGCAGCAGCAGCACUGCGGGUAG